GUCCUGAUAUGACCGAGGGACACUAAUUCAGCAUCCCACCUGUGAGCUUCUUGCCCAAACUGCAUCACCUGAGUCUGAUCACCAGGAAACAUCAGACAAAUCCAAACCGAGGGAAAUUCUACCACAAAUCUGGCCUGGAUGCUUCAAAACGUCAGUGUCUUGAAAUAACAGAGAAUGACUUAGGAACUGUUCCAGAUUAAAGGGGACCAAAGAGACACACCCCAAGAACAUACAGGCACCACGGGCACAGAGACCCUGCCGCCGGUUUUGUGCUCUGCUUCCAGCACCUGGCUCCGGUGCGUGGCACAGGGCAGUCAACAGCUGAUGGCCGAGGCUGGAGCACUGGAUGCCUGGCACCGUAACCCAGUGCAUUGACUUCUGUCCAAACCUGGGGUGGGGGUGUCUCUCUGGAGCCUCCAGCGAUCUGGGGAGUAACUCCAGCUUCAGGGAUUCUCCACUCGGCCACGGGGGACCUCAAGAUUUAACUCUGGAGUCCUGGCUGGCUGAUGGCAAGAGCCCUCCGUGGUGCUGGCUAAUCCUACCCUGUGCUUGCCAGACUUUUGCCCGAGCUCCUGGCGAGUCGCAGGUCCGAGCCAUGCCUUCGGAGACACCACAGGUGGAGCAGGAGGCUCCGGGGUGCCCCCAUCUCACCGACGCGCCCUCAGGUAAAGAGAGCCCAGAGAAGGGCCCCCCAGGGUGCAAGGAUGCCAAGGAGCACCUGUGGAUUCGGCCGGACGCCCCGAGCAGGUGCACCUGGCAGCUGGGCAGGACGGUGGCCGAGUCACCCCACCACCACACAUCCCUGUCAAAAAACCCUGAAAUCCUGCCAGAUAUCCUGAAGAAAAUUGGGGAUACCCCGAUGGUCAGAAUCAACAAGAUCGGGAGGAACUUUGGUUUGAAGUGUGAGCUCUUGGGCAAGUGCGAGUUCUUCAACGCGGGCGGCAGUGUGAAGGACCGGAUCAGCCUGCGCAUGGUGGAGGACGCCGAGCGGGACGGGACGCUGAAGCCAGGGGACACCAUCAUCGAGCCCACGUCUGGGAACACGGGGAUUGGGCUGGCCCUGGCUGCUGCUGUGAAGGGCUAUCGCUGCAUCAUCGUGAUGCCGGAGAAGAUGAGCCUGGAAAAGGUGGACGUGCUGCGGGCCCUGGGGGCUGAGAUCGUGAGGACGCCCACCAAUGCCAGGUUCGACUCCCCCGAGUCCCACGUGGGGGUGGCAUGGAGGCUGAAGAACGAGAUCCCCAACUCUCACAUAUUGGACCAGUACCGCAACGCCAGCAACCCCCUGGCUCACUACGACGCCACUGCCGAGGAGAUCCUGCAGCAGUGUGACGGGAAACUGGACAUGCUGGUGGCUUCGGCGGGCACGGGUGGCACCAUCACAGGCAUUGCCCGCAAGCUGAAGGAGAAGUGUCCCGGCUGCAAAAUCAUCGGGGUGGACCCCGAAGGGUCCAUCCUCGCGGAGCCCGAGGAGCUCAACCAGACGGAGCAGACGGCCUACGAGGUGGAAGGCAUCGGCUACGACUUCAUCCCCACCGUGCUGGACCGCAAGGUGGUGGACAAGUGGUUCAAGAGCAACGACGAGGAGUCCUUCGCCUUUGCCCGCAUGCUGAUCGCGCAGGAAGGGCUGCUGUGCGGCCUCACCACUUCCCUCCCGGCAGGUGGCAGCGCGGGCAGCGCCAUGUCCGUGGCGGUGAAGGCGGCCCGGGAGCUGCGGGAGGGGCAGCGCUGCGUGGUCAUCCUGCCCGACUCCGUGAGGAACUACAUGUCCAAGUUCCUGAGCGACAGGUGGAUGCUGCAGAAGGGCUUCAUGAAGGACGAGCAGCUCGUGGGGAAGAAGCCGUGGUGGUGGCACCUGAAGGUCCAGGAGCUGAGCCUGUCUGCCCCGCUGACCGUGCUGCCCACGGUGACCUGCCAGCACACCAUCGAGAUCCUCCGCGAGAAAGGCUUUGACCAGGCGCCCGUGGUGGACGAGGCGGGGGCCAUCCUGGGGAUGGUGACCCUGGGCAACAUGCUGUCGUCCCUGCUCGCUGGGAAGGUGCAGCCCUCCGACCAAGUCCGCAAGGUCAUCUACAAGCAGUUCAAGCAGAUCCGUCUGACAGAACCCCUGGGCAUGCUCUCACACAUCCUGGAGAUGGACCAUUUUGCCCUGGUGGUCCACGAGCAGAUUCAAUCGUGGGACCAGGCCUCACCAGGAGAGGUGGGGGGGCCUUCAGACCACAGCAACGGGAAGUCCAGCAAGAGGCAGAUGGUGUUUGGGGUCGUCACCGCCAUCGACUUGCUGAACUUUGUAGCCACCCGGGAGCGGGUCCAGAAGACAAACUGAACUGGACGUGUCUGGGGAGCCAGAGCGGCGGGACACUGGGGCCUGUUCCCUCCGGCUUUUGUGGACACCGAACACUGCAGUUUUCAACUGCCUUGGGGCUGGGCGACGCUUUACCAGUGUGGGUAGUGAGGAGGGCAGGACAGCGGAAAGGCUACGGGUCCCCUCUUGUAGCAUUUCCCACUUAAAAUGAAUCUACUUGUGUUUUAUUAGGUUCAUUUAGCCUCUUUAAAAUGCUUUUUUUUUUUAAUUUAAUUUUUUAAUUAGGGAAGUUGUAGGUUUAUGGAAAAAUCAUGCAGAAAGUAGAGUUCCCAUAUACCAGCCCUGUCCCCCGUCACACCCACAAUUUUCCCUAUUAUUAACUCUUUGCAUAGUGUGGCAUCUCUAAAAUGUUUUGACAAAGAAAAUUUACGAAUAGAGGAGUUGGCUCAGAGGGAGGAGUGCGGCGAUGAUGGGCAGGAUUCGCUCAAGGUGGAAGUCAGUGCCUCUCCUGGAGACAGGUCAUGAGUGGGGGACGCAGGAAGAGGGGGUAGGCUCCAUCCUUUCUCUAGGGCCGCGGGGUCCACAUGGGGCUGGUUGGGGAGAAUGGCUUGAGUUUGCCCCUCAUCCUCACAACACUGCUUCCCCACGUUUCCCAGUGACCCGCUGCUGCCUUCCCACCGAGGCUCCAAACAGCAAAGCACCAUCCUGAGCUGGUUCUGGCUGCAGACACUCCCCCCCCCCCCCGCCCCUCUGCCCACCAGAACCCACCCCAGAGGCUGCUCUGCUCGGAGGCCACCCGCACAGCCCUCCUGUGCACUGUGUCCUGAUGCAAAUGGUUCCUGUCGAUUGUUUCCUCAAGUUUUUGUUGUUUUCUAGAAGUGGGCUAUCCCUGACUUCAUCCAUUCCAAUUUGGGUGCCACUAAGAGUGUUGGAGUUAGGACCUUCCCAUGACUGCUUUCUGGCUUUCGUUGUUUUGUUAUUAUUUUUAAAAUUCCCUUUGCCCCUGUGUCUUCCUCGGCUUCCUUGGUGUCACUGCUUCGGGCUGGGGGUGCGGCUGUCGCGGUCACUGCUGCUCACUCUGCCCACUCACGUGAUGGGGCUGUCAGCAACAGGCGAAGUAGCCCACUGCGCUCCAGCGACCCUCGAUUUGGAUUUCAUAUAAUCUUUUCCUGUCGUGAAACAUUCUUUUCUCCCUUUUUUUUUUUUUUUUUUUGCCAUUUAAAAGUGUAAAAAUUAUUCUCAGCUCAUGGGCUAUACAAAAGCAGGAGAUGGAUGGAUUUGGGUCUGGGGGCCAUCGUUUGCCGACCCCUGAUCUAGGGUCUUGGUCAAGUGGGGGGCUUCUCCUGAGUGCGGGGCCACCCUCUGUGCCCCCGGGAAAAUGCAUGCGAGGAGCAGACCCUGAGCGUCAGAGUCCAGGGCCCUGGGGUGUAGGCAGGUCAGCACCCCUGAGAUCUGUGUGUCGUGGGCACUUGGGAGUAAACAAGGACGAGCCUUUCAGCUCUAGUGAAAAGCAACGGGCCAUCUCUCUGGCUGACGAACACCCCUGGCUCUGGAUAAGGAUGUCCGAGAGCUGCAGCAAAAGGAUGUACCCCAGAGUCACUUUCUGGAAACACACAGCACCUGGGCAGGACAGAGCAGCCUCAGGGACUGACUGUUGUCUCAGAAAAUUGCAGUAGCUCUUUCUUGGUAAUGAAUUUACUCCAAGAACUUUCAAGCCUUUUUCUUUCAGCACAGUCUUUCCUUAAUCAGUAUAACCCCUCCUCAGCCAGUCUCUUGUGGGUGGCCAAUCCUCUAUCAUAGCUCUUGGGGUGUGAGCCUGAGGUCCUAGUGGCCCCCAGAACCACUCCUGCACCUCUCUGAGUGUAGGCCAUGCUGAUGGGAUUUUCUCAUUUAAUGUGUUCUUUGAGUGUCCUCCUUGCUGUUUAAAGGACGGUCACAUUCCAGACAAAAACAAUCCGCACUCAGAGGAGUGAGCUUGCAGGGGGUACUGCAGACAUUGGUGGGGUCUGACAUGCACACACUUUGCAGAUGAGAAAUUGCUUCUCACUUUUAAUUUCUGUUAACAAAAGCAAACAAAAUGAAAAAAUCAAAUAUUUUCUGCGAACACAAUUAAAUGGGACUAAAAGCCAAACGUAAUGAUGGGGCACAAAUAAAUGUGAUGUCUUACCUUCAA